CGGAGGGAAAUUUCCGGCAGAGAAAGGAGGAGAGUUAGAGGCGACGAGAGAAAUGGGCAACGGGAGGCGGGAGCUGUUAAGAGUCAGAAAGAGGGACUAAUUAGUAAUAGUAAUUACAGCUGGUUAAUUUUGGUUAGUUGGGCCAACAACAAGUUCGACGACCAAGCCCAGUCUGGAUCAAGGAUUAUUGGGCUUCUUUUUUCGGGCUAUUGGCCCAAUUCACAACAGAACCCGACCGAUUCAGCCUUGCUUCUAAAAUCUCGACUGCGACGCGAAGCUUCUAACCCCUCUCCCUCCAAAAACCUUCCGAAACAAAUGGCGAACGUCGGCGAGAGCUCUUCACCACCUCCGAUGUCCAACGACGGAGUGAAGCCCGUCGUCGUUAGGGUUAAGCGGAAGUUGCACCAGUCUAUACUCGACGCCUUCUGGCUGGAAAUCAACGAGCGGCCGUCUAAGCGCGCGACUUUGGAUUUGGCAAAGCUCUCGCUUGGCGAUUCCGCUAAUGGAAACGCAGGAGAAGAAUCUAAGACUAGGAAGGUCCUUGUGCAGCACGUUGAAACGAUCAGCACCUCGGAAUCCACUAUUCGUGUUGUGAAAUCGUUUGUGCCUAACUCUGUUGAUGUGGUCGAAGCUAAAACGACAACGGAGGACCGGAAACGGACCUUUAAAAGUGUAAAUAAACAAGAACAAAUUCUUUUGAAAUCCAGACAAAGUCAAGAGCAAAUCGCCAAAAGUGCUCGCUUCCAACAAAUAUGGAGCAGCCGGAAGGAAACAGAGGAAGAAGUGCAUGAUAUGUGUCAUUUCUAUGAUGUCAUUCGAAUUGAUGCUGAAUCCAGUCAGGAGAAGCAGAAAGAGGCUCUGUCUGUGGAGGAUCAGAAGCUUCUUUCUAGCUACUUGCCUUUCUUAAAAGAGUUGAUUCCAGAUGCUGCUGGGGAGAUUGAAGCUGAAAUCAGUGCUUCCACUUCCCAGGAAGGAUCGGUUCGUUUUCCAUUUCACUUUACGGCAGAUGAGUAUGUGUACGACUACUACACGGUGAAUGAUACCAUGGACAUAGAACACGAAGACACGCCUUUUCCAUUUCCUCUGGUGCAAGUUGAGGAUGAGGAUUUCUAUGAUGGACCAGAUGACGGAUCUGAAUGCGACAGUGAAGAUUCAAACGGUAUUGUUGACUCUUACUCUUUUACUCCGUUAGCUAGAUGUUGCUAACUGGUUUGGUCUGGUUAACCAGUGACUAAAUCCGGUAGUCCUAACCGAUAUGAUCUUAGUGACCAAAACGGAUUGGUGACAUUUGAAUCUUCACUAUUAGUCCCUCAUGCACCAUAGCUCAAAGCAUUGUGAUGAUACUGCUUUCUCAUUUCCUUCUCCUCGUCGCUUUUUUUCCCCAGCUGAAAAUCAUCCAUUUAAUGAAUAUCCCGAUGAAAGUUCAGAAGCAGAAGACGAGUUGCAGAGUGAAGAUAAAAGUGACGACGAUGGAGAAGAAAACGAAGAAGGUGGAAUGGAAGAUGAAGAGGAAGCUGAUGAUGAUGAGAAUCGCAGUUUGCUGAAUGGUGAAGCCACGAAUUUCGAGGACCAGUAUGAAGCCUACGUUGAUAACUACCUUGAUCAAGCUUUUAGCUUUGCCAACGACGAACCUGAAAGUGAUGACGGCUACAGUGAAAGCGACUAAGAGCUCAGAGAAUCUUCCUGUCAAGUGAUGCAAAGAAUCUUCUAUCAUCGGCAAUUCCUCAAAACCCAGCGAGACUUGGUAGUAUCAGCAGUUGUU